AUUAGGACCAAGAGGAGGUGGAAAGCGUCUCCUCCGCUCUCAUUUCCAUUCAGCUUGUUCGGAUAGAUCAGUUACUUGAAAACUGCUGUGAGUGUUUGGAAGCGUUCAUGAAAAUUGCCUCCUCAACAAACACUCUUUUCCCUCCCUGCUGUUUGGAUACCUCCACUUCCACUGGGAUGUUUUCCAUGUGUUUCCAAACCGAUAUGGAAUUCAUUGGAUUUAUUUGUUUUCAUGUGAAAGUGAAUUAGUGUCGUUUGCCGGUUCAGGACACAGACAUACAAACAGCAGAUCUUCUCGGAAUAAACUUGCUUUUUUGUUAGGAUUUCGCCUUAAAUCUGGAGGGGUGAAGAGGGGACGGCAUGUCUCUCAGCAGAAACAUCGAAUUUGAGCACUUUGAGGAGCGAGAGAAGUCGAACCGGACACCGAAGACCAGCACCGGCUCCGGGUCUCCAUCCGCGUGCCGGAGCUCCGCUCUGGUCCCAAGCCCGGCACACAGCGCUCACUGCUGCUUCUACCGCACGCGCACGCUCCAGUCCUUGACGUCCGAGAAGAAAGCUCGGAAAGUGCGCUUCUACCGCAACGGGGACAAAUACUUCAAAGGGUUGGUGUACGCCGUGUCGAGCGACCGGUUCCGGUCUUUGGAUGCGCUGCUCAUGGAGCUGACGCGGUCCCUGUCGGACAACGUCAACCUGCCGCAAGGAGUCCGGACUUUGUACACGCUGGACGGGAGCAGGAAGGUGACCAGCCUCGAUGAGUUAGUGGAAGGAGAGAGCUAUGUCUGCGCCUCCAACGAACCUUUUCGUCGUGUAGAUUACUCCAGGAAUGUCAACCCCAACUGGUCCGUGGGCAGCAAGUCCACCACAUCUCGUUCUCUGUCCUCACUCAUCCCGCUGAGAACUGAGCCACUCCGGGAAUCUAAGGAUUUCAUAAAGCCCAAGCUGGUCACGGUCAUCCGCAGCGGUGUGAAACCCCGCAAGGCCGUCCGGAUUCUGCUCAACAAGAAAACAGCCCACUCCCUCGAGCAGGUUCUCGCCGACAUCACAGAUGCCAUCAAGUUGGACUCUGGAGCUGUGAGAAAGCUGUACACACUGGAAGGCAAGCAGAUUACCAGCUUGCAGGACUUCUUUGGAGAGGAUGACGUGUUCAUAGCCUGCGGUCCAGAGAAGUUUCGCUAUGCGCAGGAUGACUUUGUCCUGGAUCACAGUGAAUGCAGAGUACUAAAGUCAUCUUACAGCCGCUCUACAACGCCAAACCGAAGUAAGAGCCCCAGACUUUCACGACGCAGCAAGUCUCCAGCUUCUACAAGACAAUCUCUCCACUCCUCAGCCAAUCGAUCUUCAAUAAAGUCAGUAAACGGUAUAUCAGCUCCAAGAUCCACCAAGUCAUCCACUCCAUCUCCCACCAGCCCCCGAAGUAACCUGAGUCUAAAGAUUCCUCCAUUACAUCAUAUCUCCUUAUCCAAUGAAAACGGCUCGCUCGGCAAUCACCGGGGGAAAACCAGGCAGCUCAGUCCGGAGGUCAACGGAAACCAGCAUGUAUUAUCCUCAGUGCUGUAUGAAAAGUACGAGGUUGGAAAAGUCAUCGGAGACGGCAACUUUGCUGUGGUCAGAGAGUGUGUGGAGAGGUCCACGGGGAAAGAGUUUGCUCUGAAGAUCAUCGACAAAGCUCGAUGCAGGGGAAAGUGAGAAUAACCGACAAGAGGAGCUGUUUGACCAGAUCCUUCUCGGCCAGCUUGACUUUCCGAGUCCUUACUGGGACAACGUCUCCCUCUCUGCAAAGAACCUGAUCAAAGGGAUGCUGCAGACCAAGGUGGAGGCUCGGCACACGGCUCAAGACGUCCUCUCACAUCCAUGGGUCACGGAGGACGCAGUCACAGAGAACAACAUGAAGAUGGAGGUGACGGGGAAACUGAAGACUCACUUCAACACUGCGCCAAAGCCCAGCUGUGCCACCGCUGGAGUGUCUGUCAUCGUGUUUGUAUUUUUAGGAGACAUAAGCAAACUGGUGGUUACUUUGAUGCUUUGGCACCACCUUGAGGAAAGACAGAAGCUGGAAGUGGAGAACACGGCUCUAGAUAAGGAGACUCUUCACCUCAACGCCCGCAGUUCAGAAGCUCAGAGUUCUCCAGACGAAGUCUCGCCUGAUGUUCCCGUGUCGGAUCAACCGGCGCCGUGUGCUGAAGUUCUCAAAUCUCCAGCCGAGACGACGACUCCUGAUGACCCCACGACCUUCACCUGCAAACCGCCCAUCUGCCCUCCCCUCAACAUCUCACCCGCCCCAGCAGCUCCCGCUUCCCCUUCGGAGUCCCCGUCUCCAAUUGAGCCCGUUUGCGUGGCGUCCCCCUCCCCCGUCUCCCCCGUCCAGCCCACACUUUUCUUCCCACUCUCUUCCCCAAACAAGGAGGAGCCCCCCUCGCCCUCCUCCAUCCACCCGACUCUGUUCCCCUCUCCUCCUUCAACUCCUCCCGCUGACCCUCCUUCCCCUGACCCCCUGCUGGGCGACAAAUAUCUGGAAGAAGUCUGACGGUGUUUUCCUCACGAGACUGGAAAACUAAACCACCACAGUGGGAGUAAACUGAGCCAGUGUGUCCACAGGAGAGGAGGAGGCUGUUUUUAUUUAUUCUGAGUGAACAAAAUGAGCUUUUUGAAAUGAUUUGUCUUUUAAUGUUACACUGAUGUGCUUUCUUCUGAGUCCUGGCAGUUUGCCUUUUUUUUUUUGUUAAAUUAUUCAGCUCAAACAAACCCUCACGGUGCUUAUUGCUUUUUUUCAAGUCAGAACUCGAUCAAACAUGUGAUGAGCAGCAACCAGAAGUAUUUUCGUGUAAAAAUAUCAGCACAUUAGCAGCCACAGGUUUACUUUUUUGACUUUUGCUAAAAAAUAACUAGUUUUCAUGAGAGGCGGAGCUUAUUUAAGUGUUAAUUGUAAAUUAAUUUAAAAAUAGCCAUUUUUUCCUGUCCUGAUUGGCUCUAAUACUGACAAAUUUUGUUCUGAACCUUUUUUUAAAGGUGAAUUUCCUUCUUGAGUGUUAGUCUAACUUGAUCGGUGAAUAUUUUUUGCUGGACAUGAUUGAGGGCUUUCAGACUGUCAGUUAAAUUCAUUCAAAAAUCGAUAUUUUAUUUUUAAUUGAUAUGACAUGCACUCUGCAACACUGUAUUUGAGUGUUUCUGUGGGAUUGAGCCGUCCCUUCUGUAACACUGUAGAUUCCGAUCCAACCUGCAGCUUUGCUCUUUCAAAAACUUCAACUAAAGCACAGAAAUGCCCGCACUGCAGCAAGAAGCUUUUUCUGAGGUCAGCAGGAGAAAACACUCUGCACUGAUCACUUUCACCAUGACAUUUACUUACAGCUUGGCUAAAAAACAAUGAUUAUAGGAAGAUAUUAUUUGACUUACCCAAAUGUAAGGAGCUAAAAGAAUCACUUUUACUUCUUUAGUUUUUUCUGUUUAGGAGCUUUGUCACAGAAGGUUGCAAAUGUCAAAAACUGCAGUGAUGUUUUGCGUUAUUGUCUCCUACUUUCGGUCGGUUAAGAGAAAAAUGCAAUAAAGACAACAGCAAUCUG